AUGCAGCUCAAGGACCUCCUUCCUGCCGGAUUGCUCCUUAACAACCUCUUCGAUAAGGUGGAGAAGGCUGAAGAGCACGCAGACGGCCGCAUCACCACCACCAACACCAAGCAGGUAGAACUCGGCGAUGUUAUGUUCUUCCACAACGACCUGGAUGACCUCAAGCGUCUACUCGCCACUGCCGGCUCAGAUUCAGUCACAAUUAAGAAGCUUCCCAAGACGAAUGUUGUUAUCGUCAAGCGGACUACGAGUAGUGGUGAUAGUACCAAUGACGCUGUUGACGUUGUGGCAACACCUACCAUGUUAUCCACCUCACCUACCGCCACCGCCUCUACUUCACGUUCCUCGCCAGCCACUGUUUCCGAAGCAUCUGACUUCUCAAAAGAGCUGAGAACACCAGUCGAAAUAGAGGCACCCAAGUCAUCUACAACAUCCUCCCCGGAAGACAUGGAGACCUUACGCGAAGAGGAAGAAGCCGCCAAGUCGGACCCCAGCGGCAACGGCGCCACCAGCGACUACGGUGUCGACCCUGAAACCCAGCCCACCCAGAUUUCACCCAGAGACACUAAAUACAAGACUCCUGGCGUAUUCCCCUGGAGAAAUAGGCUCUGUCGCUGCGUUUCCAUCGGCGCCAUCUUUGGGAACAAGGAUGACCGUCUAGCCAAGUCCGACGAGCCGCUGCCGCCGUACGAGGAGGGCGUUUCCAUCUUCAACUGGGGCAACGGCGUCUGCAAAUGCGUUCCUAUGGAUGAUGCCUUUGGCGACCAUACUAUGGCGGCGUUGGGUUUGGCAAUUGAGACUGUGGAUUAG